GGAUAAAACCCAAAACCCCCCCUCCCUUCAGACCUCAGCUCCUCUCUGAAGAUGCUCCAAUCGUGGCAUUCUUGAGAAAUCUAGUCUCCAUAUCCUGAUAUCGCCCUGAUGGCACUCAUAGUGCGUUCCGGUUGUUGCCCCUCUCACUUUCACGCCUCUCAGAGUCCACUCCUCUCCAGGCCCUCCUUCUCUCUGCCCCUCCCUCGAAGAAGAACACUCUGCCGCCGUAGAACCGCUGUUUUAGCUUCCUCCUCUGAUGGAUCGGACGAUUUCUCAUGGAGAAAGUUUUCUCUUUCAGUGCAGCACGGUUCCGAGCGCGCGCUUUCAAAUUUGAGAGAAAUUCUCAAAAAGGAAACUGGGUUUGAUGUGGAGGGUGUUGGUCAGCAGUCCACAAAGGUGUUCAACAUUGUGCAGGACGUUGCAAGAAAGAGUGGAGAUGCUCUAGUCCGAUUUCGGAUGGAAAAGGUUCCUUCUUUGGUCGAUUGGAACAAGUGGGAAAAUUGGAAGGACAUUCAAAAGUGGGAACCUAAUUGUAUUUGGGUAUUGCUUUUGUAUAUCAGUAUUGUGGCUAUUUUUUGUCAAAGAAUCUAUGGAACCAUUAGAAGUCAUCUAUACCAACGAAGUAAGAAGGAAUUGACUGAGGCGUACAUGGAAGCAUUGAUACCUGAGCCUUCUAGAGCAAAUAUUAGGAAGUUCAAGAAAAGCAUAUGGAGGAAGAAAUUGCCAAAAGGAUUGAUUGUUAAGAAGUUCAUUGAAGGUCCUGGGGGAACACUUGUUCAAGAUAAAGCUUAUGUUGGAGAAGAUGCAUGGGAGGAUGAUCCAGAACCUUCUUUCCAAGUUACUAGUAAAAUUGAUAAAGAUGCAAUGUUAAGCCUUGAAGAGAAGAAAGAAUUGAAGGAGACAUUGGGCAUUACAGCCCACGGGCCAAGCAUGCAAUAACCACUGCAAUAUCCUGAAGUAGGUGACAUGUACGCCUGCCUAACUCCAAGACAUCACAAAGCUUUUGGUAUCCUACUGCAAUUAUGUUAACAACAUUCAAACUCCUUAUACAAUUGCAAAAUAUGCAGAAAACAUAUCAAACACAAAGUAACAUAGAUGUGCACAAUAAAAAUUUACAGAAAAUCAAAUCUCAUAGGUUAGUGGACCUGUUCUAGCACAUCAUUGAACAUGGAGCAAAAUUUGGAUCUAAACAUAAAUGAUAGUAGUAAACAUUUGAAUAAAAACUAAUGUUUAGUUAAAUAAGGUUUCUCAUUACCUUUUUGAUUCUGCAUUGUUCUUUGUCCACUCAUUGGGCAAUUGUGUUACUCAUAUCUUUGUCAUCCACAUUUUUGAGGGAAAGACUCUUGCACUCAUUGUGAACUAGGCUACAUUGUGUUGAGCCCGCUAGUCUGUUCUCCUUUUUGUCUUGCUUAGAUCCAAAAUUUUCUCCUUGUUUAGUGUUGUGCUAAAACGGAUCCACUAGCAUGUGAAAUAUGAUUUUCUAUAAAUUUUAAUUGUACACAUGUUCUAUGUUACCAUGUGUUUGAUAUAUUUUCUACUUAGUUUGCAAUAUUUAAUGAGUUUGAAUAUUGUUAAUCAUAAUUGUAGUAGGAUAACAUAGCCUGGUGAUGUCUUGGAGUUAGAUGGGCGUGCAUGUCACCUACUUCAAGAUACCAUGGCGGUUGUUGCGUGCUUGGCCCAUGGGUUGAGGCAUGACAAUUUGAUUGUGUGGAAUCAAGCAAAACUAAAGUUGUAGGGUUUUGCUUGAAUGAAUUCUGAAUUAACAAAUCACUAGAUGUUAGUAUGAUUGAACGUUUAUUAAAAUGUAGCUAGGGGAGUUGUACAGCAAUUUGUUCAGAUGUGUUGGUGAUUCAAAUAUGAUAAGAGUGUAUAAUUUCAAUUUCAGUAAAGAUUGGACCUGAUAUUUUUUCUGUGGGUAACAAUUGGAGGAGUUCAAUGCUGUUUAACUGGUCAUUCAAGUUGAGUUUUCGAAAAUAAUGGGCUAAUGAUAUGAUUGAGGAGAGCUAACAGUGAAACCAUGAUAAACUGCAUAUAAUCUGUGUAAGAUGAUUUGAAUACAAAUAUCAGUCAAAUAAAUUAAGGACUCAAUUUGAUUGGCCAUUAUCAUUUUGUUAGAAUACCAAUAAGAGUUUGAUUAUGUAACAAUUAGAAUAUGUAAUUAACCUCCAUAUUUGUUCAAAUUCACCUUAUUUACUAAUUUUUGAAUCUCUCUUUUCUAAUUGCUGAAAGUGCAAUUCAACCAAGGUCAUAAUCGUGGUUAAAUACCAUCUCACAAUGGAGAGUUGGCAAUCCACUCUCUUCCCCAAUUAGAGGGACCGAUUCGCUUUUUUCUCAUGGUGGCUUGCCCACAUUUCUCAAAAAAUGUAAGAAGGCAAAAA